GUCCACGUAACUGCUUGGCUGCGUGCCUACGGGCUUUCGCCCUGGCGUGCUGCGUACCUCCGUGUGCGUACGUAACUACGUGAGUACGAGCCGGCGUAUGCCCCGCAAAAAAGGAGCGGCAGCGUCUGUGCGGGUGCGUCAGGUGAGGGGCUGCCGGCGCCCGGCACUUGUCAGCGGUCCCUGGUGUCGGGCCGCGGCGAUGGCGGGACAGGCACGACGCGGACCGGGCGCUCUGUCCUCUCUCGCUAUCCCCGCCCUCCUCUCUGAGGUCCCCAACGACUCCAUGUGAUGGACACAUCAUCCUGACCGCCGGUCCCUUCCUUUGUGCCUGUCAGCUGACCGUGUAGUGACAGAGGAGGAGGAGCCAAGGCUCUCUGUUCCCCCACCGUCCAGGCCUGGUGAGGCCCAAGGCGCUCUGGGGAGAUGAAGUUCGGCUGCCUCUCCUUCCGGCAGCCUUAUGCAGGUUUUGUCUUAAACGGGGUCAAGACCCUGGAGACGCGUUGGCGUCCUCUGCUGAGCAGCCACCGGAACCGUACCAUCGCCAUCCACAUUGCUCACAGGGACUGGGAAGACACCGCAUGGAGGGAGCUGCUGGCGGAGAGGCUUGGAAUGACCCCUGCUCAGAUUCAGGCUUUGCUUCUGGAAGGGGAAAAGUAUGGCCGUGGCGUGAUCGCUGGCGGGCCUUGGUUUCUGGAAGGAAAAACCAUCGUGUGCUUCUCUUUGUGCUCAGGGCUUGUUGACAUUGGGGAAACUGUACAGUGCCCAGAGGACUUAGCCCCUGAUGAGGUUGUGGCGCUGGAGAAUCAAGCUGUGCUGACCAGCCUGAAGCAGAAGUACCUCACCGUGCUUUCAAACCCCAGGUGGUUACUGGAGCCCAUACCCAGGAAAGGCGGAAAGGAUAUCUUCCAGGUAGACAUCCCAGAGCACCUGAUGCCCUUGGGGCAGGACGCCUGGCGAGUGCGGAAGGUUACCGAGAAACCGGCUAAAUCGUGACCCAUCCACUGACCGUCAUGCCGCAGACCUACAAGCCAGGUUCAGUCUGAAUCGGCCCUGCCACUGUGUGCUGUUCGUGGAAACAGGUCUCUCCACUCAGAUGCAGGGGACAGGGCGGCGGGACUUUCCUCGUGAGAUGCCUAUCUGGGCUCGCCGGCAGUCUCCAGGACUUCGACGUUCGGGAUAAAGGGGAAGCGGCCAGUAAAUGUCUUGGUGCCGCCACUACUUGAGUCCUUCUGAUUUCCGGGUCGUACAAAGACAUAGGUCUGAAGACGACCAGUUCGUGUUUCCUCCUCUCGUUGUUCUGCUCAGAACUCAUAGGACGUUUGAACAGCAUCCAGGGGACCUUGUGGGAAGGCUGGGAGCGGGCGCUAAAGGGGUGUGCAGGGGUGGCCAGCCACGGUGCCCCCGUUCACCAUGACGACAGCAUCAGACUGAGACACAGCAUCCGUCUGUUCUUACAAAUGACUCUUGCUCUGUUGUCAAAACGUCCCUUGGCCCAUGAAGUAUGCGUGUUCGACACAUCCCACAGCUAGCUACUUCAUGGCCAAAGGAAGGAUCCUAAAUACAGCACCGAUGGGAAAAUGA